AAGAGAGCAAGGAGCAUGUCUUCCCGGCGGCGCAGAAACCAAGGGUAGCAUUGAAGGAAGCAAAACCAAUCAAGAACAACAAAAAGCAAAGGAGAAGAUUGCGAAGCAGAAGCCAACAGCGCGCGGAUCUUGGGGAGAAACUAACCUCGGAUAUCCUGUUCUGGGAUUCUGAAUUUCGUAGGAAGUACGCAACUUACAUGCAAGGGGUCCCUUCAAGCCAAGACUUAGGUAUGGACUCAACUCCCUGGAUGACAGCAGACACAGGAGUGGAUCAGGUUGAUGGAGAAAUAGCAGGAACGAAUUCAGAAUUGUCAGAUAGUGCGUGUCGACGGGUGCAGAACGAAACACCCCGAAGGGGUACUCCAGAAGUUGGAUAUAUAGUAUCCAACGAGGAAGCUCAGUACCAGAUGUCACUGUCACAAGAGAAGACAUUUACACAAAUUAUGCAGGAGAUGACUCAAAAAAAUGACAAUGUUGGUUCUUCUCAAUCACAAGGAGUGGGUUCUUUUACAAGGCUGCUUACAACUCCAUAUGAUCAGCUAGAUUUUGAUGAUUGCACAUACUCUGAAUAUUUUGAUGAUCACACAUACUACAUGACAAGUGACCGAAGUAUCAAUAUAAAUCAGAUGGAGCAGGACGAGCUAGACAACAUGUAUAAUGAUGAAAAUGAGAUUGGGAUGCCAGAUACUCUAGCAGAGACACAUACAGAAGAACAAGAUGACUGGAUGCAAAAGGAUGAUGCUGGGGAAAAUACAGAAACAAAUCCUGAUGGGGCUGAACCAGGAGUAAAUUCAGAAAUAGAAGAAGCAGAUACAGGAACUGCUGAAGAACAUUGCAGGCAAGCAACAAGUGAUCAGCCCGAGCGUGAAAAUCUGACACAAGAAGACAUUUUAGAGUACAUACAGAUUUCCCAGCAAGAGGAACAACAAUCUGCUGCGCAUGAAAUAGAAAAUAUGCACACGCCAAGGGAAGGGAUGAUUUUCAAAACAGAAGAAGAAGGACUCAAGUUUUUUAACUAUUAUGCAAUGAUAGUUGGUUUCUCAACAGCCAUUGUGCACACAAGGUUACAAGGGUGACAGUGGCAUGCAACAAAGGACGUAAGCCAACAAAAGAAGAUAUUCAAGCAAUGAAAAUAACAGGACAUCAGGGUGAAGCAGACGCAGCAGGCAACCUAAAGCCAGCACAGACUAGAGUUAGGAAAACAAAGGAAGGAACAGGUGACUAGAGAAAUGUGCACUUGAGGAAAACGAACAUGGUGGUGUUGACAGGAUGCACUGCAACAAUGGUUAUAACAUAUCUUGAUGAUGUGUGGAAAAUAACAAGACUUGACUUGGCACAUAACCAUGAGUUACACCCUCCGGGAGAGUCAAGGUUCUUGAGAUCACACAAGAAGAUGACGGUCGAAGAAACGAUGAUGAUAAGAACAUGUAAUGCAUGCAAGAUCCCCACCAGAAAAAUAAUGGCAAUACUUGCUUAC